CUAGUGGACUGGUGCAAAGCGAUGACCCCUCAUUACUUAAACAAUCUGAUAAGCAUAUUGAGGGAUUCUUAAUAGAAGAUAUAUGGGCAGAACUCAAAAGAGGACGCGCAUUGCGUUGUAGCUCUUGUAGAAGACCGGGAGCAUGUAUAGGAUGUUCAAUUAAAAAGUGUUCGGUUAAAGGUCAUCUCCCAUGUAUAUACAAAACUAAGGGGGUUGCUAUCUUUGAGUCUGAGUUUCCUGUUUUUUGCCACAGACACAGGCCUCAUCAGACAAGUGUCACUCAAACAUUCUACGUGUUUUAG